GUCUGUUUGUUAAUGAUGAAACCCCUCGAUACAGACUCACCUGAGCUGUGUUCCCUCGCAGGUAAACGGCCAGCGGACGACAUGGAGGAAGAGCACGUCUUCAAACGUUCUCGCAACGCAGAUGAGAUGGUGGAGCUGCGAGUUCUUCUGCAGAGCAAAAAUGCUGGUGCUGUUAUCGGAAAGGGUGGCAAGAACAUAAAAGCCCUGCGCACUGACUUCAAUGCCAGUGUUUCAGUCCCAGACAGCAGUGGCCCAGAGCGAAUCCUGAGCGUGAACGCCAGCAUCGACACGAUCGGAGACAUUCUUCUGAAAAUCAUCCCUACUCUAGAGGAGUACCAGCAUUACAGUGGGACAGAUUUUGACUCGGAGCUUCGCCUGCUGAUCCACCAGAGCCUGGCGGGGGGGAUCAUCGGGGUGAAAGGAGCCAAGAUUAAGGAGCUGAGAGAGAACACCCAGACCACCAUCAAGCUGUUCCAGGAAUGCUGUCCUCACUCCACCGACAGAGUGGUUUUGGUCGGAGGGAAACCAGAGCGAGUCGUCGAGUGUAUAAAAGUUAUCCUGGAGCUGGUGGCCGAGGCGCCUAUCAAAGGCCGAGCGCAGCCUUACGACCCGAACUUCUACAACGAGACGUACGAUUACGGCGGCUUCACCGUUGUUUUCGAGGAGCGAGGCAGGCGACCAAUCGGAGGGGGGGGUUUCCCCAUGAGGGUUCGAGGGGGCUUUGAUCACAUGCCUCCCCCCUCCAGAGGCAGCAGGCCGAUGCCCCCCUCCUCCAGACGGGACUAUGAUGACAUCAGCCCGCGACGGGGUCCUCCUCCUCCUCCAUUGAACAGAGGAGGAGGAAGAGGAGGGAGCCGAGCGAGAAAUCUGCCUCUUCCUCCUCCACCGCUGCCAAGAGGAGGGGGGGACAGAUUCUCUCACGGCAGUUAUCACGGCGGCAUGGACGACAGACAGAGUGACAGAAGAGGCCGAGGAGGAGACCGUUUCGACAGCAUGGGUGGAGGAGGAUAUGACAAGGAACACUCAGAAGGCGGCAGAGGAUCGUACAGCGACAUCGGAGGCCCAGUCAUCACAACACAAGUCACCAUCCCAAAAGACCUGGCGGGCUCCAUCAUCGGGAAGGGGGGCCAGAGGAUCAAACAGAUCCGCCACGAGUCCGGAGCCUCCAUCAAGAUUGAUGAGCCACUAGAGGGCUCCGAGGACCGAAUCAUCACCAUCACGGGCACACAGGACCAGAUCCAGAACGCCCAGUACCUGCUGCAGAACAGGCACGUUCUCCAGUGACCCCCCCCCCUCCCCCCCCCCAACCCACAAAGAGCUGCUAUCUGUGGGUCGGCUCUGCAUGGAAGUAAACAUGGGUUUUGUUGCUGUUUUUAAGAUAGUUAAUUUGCUUUAUUGAGUGUCUGCAGCCGGGUAAAGCACACACAAAGAAAUACAUCAAACACAUUAUGAGCCUGCUGUCAUUCUGAAGGGGAACGCUGCAGGUGAAGGAAGUACAAAAUAUAGAUGUCUCCUUAAAUCUUCCCCAGAUCGUUAGUAUAAUAAAGGCAAUCAUUGUUCCUAUUGAGGUUUAGAAAAUGUUGUAUUUGCAAGAUAGGCAUUAUGUAUUAAAAUCUGUGUUAAUUUGGAUUUGUUAGGUUAAAUGUUCUUGUUUCAUUUUCAGUUUUGAUAAUCUUUGUUGUUUGUAUUUUGAGGAAUAAAAAAUGCUCCAUAAA